GUCAAAGCCAGGAGUGUCAACCCAUUUUCCGGCUGAGCUGGGGCGGCCUGCACCGUGGGGAAUCUUGUGUUGGAGACCUGAGUGCAGAAGACUCGGCCAGGACCAAAAAAAAACUUCCCUAAGCCUCAGGUGCCUCUGGGGCGUCCUGGGAGUCAGCAGUCAGCACCUCCGCAGCAGGAACCGCAGCCGGGAGGCCCUGGAACUUCCCAGGGCUCACUGAUCACCAGACCUGCUGGCCUGUGGAGCACAGCAAAGCACCCUGGAAGAUGGAGAUGGAGGAGACAGUAGCUAAGGAUCCAGAUCUACAAGCUGAGUAUUCAUUGAUCUUCAAAGAGAAAAUCAAAGAAGAGAAACAGAAGGAUAUGUCCCAGGGUCUGCUGACAUUCCAGGAUGUGGCUGUGAACUUUUCUCAGGAGGAGUGGGAAUGCCUGGACUCUGUUCAGAGGGCUUUGUACAUUGAUGUGAUGUUGGAGAAUUACAGCAACCUGGUCUCUGUUGAGAACUAUUAUAUAUUUGAUACUGUCCAUCAACCUGUGAGGACUGAAAAGGAGUCUCGUCAGUGUAACGAGCAUGGCGAAAUGCUUCAUGAGCCCUCCAGCUGUGCACUUUAUAAAAGAAGUGACACUACAGAAACCUCGAACAACUCCAGAUGCUGUAAUGAGAAGGAUGCCUCUCUUGACUCAUCAAACAUAGAUAGACACAAAAGUAUGCACACUGGCGAAGACCCUUGCCAAUCUAAAGACUGUGAGAAAUCUUUCAAUUUAUGUUCCAACAUUAGCCAAGAUCAAAGACGCUACACUGCAAGGAAAGAACACAAACAGGAUGAAUAUAAUGACCAUUUCAGCUCUACACACAGUCUCAUGCAACAAACAAUGUACAUUAGAGAGAAACCAUAUCAGUGUGGACACUGCAGUAAAUACUUCAGUACUGCCUCAAGUUUCAGCAUACAUAAGAGAAUUCAUACUGGUGAGAAACCCUAUAAGUGCAACGUUUGUGAAAAAUCCUUUAACAAGUGCACAAAUCUUAAAACACAUCAAAGGCUUCAUACAGGAGAGAAACCUUACAAAUGCAAAGAAUGUGAAAAGUCAUUUGUGCAGGUAUCUGCACUUAAAAGCCAUCAGAGAAAGCAUACUGGAGAGAAGCCUUACAAAUGUAAGGAGUGUGACAGAUCCUUUGCCCACUGUGCCUCAUUAAGAUGGCAUCAGAAGAUUCAUUCUCCUGAAGCACAUUAUGAAUGCAAAGAAUGUGGUAAGUCCUUUUUUGAAUUAUCACAUCUUAAAAGGCACUGCAGAAUCCACACUGGUGAAAAGCCUUACAAAUGUGAGAUAUGUGUCAAAUCCUUUACUACGACCACAACUCUUAAAACACAUCAGAAAAUUCACACUGGUGAGAAACCUUACAAAUGUAGGGAAUGUGACAAAUGUUUUACCAAGUGCUCACAUCUUCAAAGACAUCAGAGUGUUCAUAACCAAGAGAGACCUUACAAAUGUAAGGAAUGUGGGAAAUCUUUUACUAAGUGCUCAACUCUUCAAACACAUCAGAAAGUUCAUAAUGUAGAGAAACCUUACACAUGUAUGGAAUGUGACAAAUCCUUUACCCAGGUCUCACANCUUAGAACACAUCAGCGAGUUCANACUGGAGAGAGGCCUUAUAGAUGUAAGGAAUGUGACAAAUCUUUUCGUGACAGCUCAACACUUAGAGUACAUCAGAAAAUACAUACUGGAGAGAAACCUUACAAAUGUUCNGAAUGUGACAAAUCCUUUACCUGGCACCCACAUCUAAGAAGACAUCAGAGCGUUCAUACUGGAGAGAGANCUCACAAGUGCAAAGAUUGUGAUAAGUGUUUCCUCUGGAUUUCUAGUCUUCGAAUACAUCAGAAAAUUCAUGAUGGAGAGAGACCUUAUAAAUGUAAGGAAUGUGGUAAAUCUUUUAUCUGGUACUCAAAUCUAAGAACCCAUCAGAAAAUUCAUACUGCAGAGAAACCUUACAAAUGUAUGGAAUGUGACAAAUCCUUUACCCAGUAUGUACAUCUUAGUACACAUCAGAGAGUUCAUACUGGAGAGAGGCCUUACAGAUGUACGGAAUGUGACAAAUCUUUUACUAGAGCCUCAACUCUUAGAGCACAUCAGAAAAUUCAUACUGGAGAGAAACUUUAUAAAUGUAGGGAAUGUGACAAAUCUUUUACCAGACGCUCACAUCUUAGAAUACAUCAGAGUGUUCAUACUGGAGAAAGGCCUUACAAAUGUAUGGAUUGUGACAAAUCUUUUCCUACAGGCUCAACUCUUAGAGCACAUCAGAAAAUUCAUACUGGAGAGAAACCUUACAAAAGCAAAGACUGUGAUAUAUCUUUUCCCCAGCCUUUACAUAUGAGAACAAAUCAGAGAGUUCAUACUGGAGAAAGACCUUACAGAUGUAAGGAAUGUGGUAAGUCCUUUAAUCAGUAUUCAACUCUAAGAGAUCAUCAGAAAAUUCAUACUGGAGAGAAACCUUACAAAUGCAGAGACUGUGACAUAUCCUUUAUAUGGAUUUCAAAUCUCGGAAGACAUCAGAAAAUUCAUACUGGAGAGAAACCUUACAAAUGUAAGGAAUGUAACAAAUCUUUUACUAGGUGCUCAUAUCUUAGAGACCAUCAGAAAAUUCAUACUGGAGAGAAACCUUACAAGUGCAAAGACUGUGACAUAUCCUUUAUGUGGAUUUCAAGUCUUAGAAGACAUCAGAAAAUCCAUACUGGAGAAAAACAUACCAUUGUAAAUAAUGUAACAUAACAUUUACCUGGUAUUCCCUGCUGACAAAUCACAACAGGAGAAGUAAUAGAAAUAUAAAGAAAACAAGCUUGUGAAAGCCUUUAAUGAAGACUUAAACCUCACAAAAUGUAUCAGAGUUCCUAUCAAAAUAAAAUUCUGUAAAUGUAACUGGGGGGGAGCUUUUUAUUUCUUUUUAAUACUGGCCUACAAACAUGUCUGUGCACUGCAUGUAUGCCUGGUGAAGGUAGAACGCAAAAGAGAUCAUCAGAUCCCCUGAAUUUGGCAGUACAGAUAGUUGUGUAUAACUAUUUGUAUGUUCCAAAUUGAACUCUGGUUCUCUGGAAGAGCAACCAGUACUCUUAACCACUGAGACUUCUCUGGCAUCCCUGGGAAAAACUAUAACUAAAACAUUUAGCUCAUUCAGCAUCCAGCCAUUCAUAAUAAUGUCAGGCAAGAUGGUACAUGCCUACAUGCCUUUAAUCACAACACUCAGAAGACAGAGACUAGACGACCCCUGUGAGUCUAGUUCUAGGACUGCCAGCAUACAUAGACCCUGUCUCAAAACAAAAAAUCAUAAUAAGGACAACAUGGAAUAACUUUAAAGUUUUGACAAAGGCAUCUAAUUAUACUGUACAUUACAUAGCUCAUACUUCUGAGAAACCAUGUAAAAGUAUACCACACAUA